AUGACUGAGUCCGACGGCGAAAACGAGAAUGGCGAGAUAAAGGUGGAGCCGGAAGAGGCGAUUAGAGCCUUGCAGGACGAAUUAACACGAGUUAACGCGAAUCUUCUAAUAUUGCAGGAUAAUCCACGCAUCGAACCCAUUCGUGCACCUAGACUACCUCGUUUUAUAACUCAUGACCCCGCAUUAUGGUUUAUACAAAUUGAAGCUGCAUUCAACAGCGCUCGCAUCACUUCCGAGGGAACCAGAGCAGAAUAUCUUAUUGCUGAACUUGACCCUGAAAUCUUAUUAUGCGCUCGCGAUAUUAUCAUAACUACACCGCGUCCUGCGAACAUUUUUUCAAAAAUCAAGCAAAGAAUUUUAGCUGCUUAUUCAGUUUCUUCCAAGGCUCGUUUGCGUCAACUUUUGAAGGGAGAUUUUCCUUCUGACGGAAAACCUUCAUUAAUCCUUACUCGUCUGAGAAGUUUGGGGGGCGCACAAUGCAACGAGGAAGUGAUAAAGUCAGUUUUCUUAGAUCAGCUGCCGGUCAGUACCAAAUCCAUUUUAGCUGUUUCUCGAGUCACCGACCUGCAGGACUUAGCCGAUUUGGCUGACAAGGUUUAUGAGACUACGAAUGCUUCAUACACUUGUUCUACUUCUACAUCAGAGAAACAAACACCUCAACCUAGAUCGUCUUCUUCCUCUCGGAAUUUUGAAUCUCAACUCGAAAGUAUAAUGAAACGCGUAAAUGCUAUCGAUGCAAAAAUGUCGAAAAAUAAUAAAAAGCGAUCCUAUGAUCGGUCUCGCUCGAAAUCGCGGACGGAAUCCGGAUUCGGAAAACUCUAA